AUGUCUCGAAGAUUGCUACCGAAGCCUUCGUUUGCAGCUACGUCGGCAGACGAAAAUCGGGUUACCAAACCCCUGGACCGGCGGGUCAAACGAAACUGUGUAGCUACAGCUUGUAUGCCAUGUCGGAAGCGGAGAUCAAAGUGUGACGGACAAACUCCCUGUGCGGCGUGUCUAGCGAACGAUAAGUCCGAAUGUUUUUAUGACAAGGAAAGUGACGGACGGCGAUCGGGUACCCUGAAAAAACAUGUUACCGAGUUGUCUUCAGACAACAACAAUCUUCGUUGCAUUUUAGGAACUCUGCAAAAUUCAUCAGAAGAUUACAUGCGUAAUAUAGUCAAUCGACUACGCAUGAAAGAAGAUAUCGAAGUUAUUGCGAAAUACAUCAAGGAGCAUCCUCCAGGUUCAGAACCACCUCCAAGCAAAUUAAGCACAGCAGAAUCCGAUAGAUCGAGUCCGCUUGUGCCAAGAGAACACCGAGAGUCCACUGGAUCCACAGACGUUGAUUCUUCCAACGGAGGAUAUGUGCAUUCUUAUGGAUCUCCCGAAUUGGAGGAAGGGUGGACGUAUAAUAAUAAUGGGCGUGGUACGACUCCAAGUUCUUUCGGAGGCUCUGCCACUUCUGUUGGAAGUCCCCCAUCGCUAGGUAGUCCUCCUCCUCCGGAUAUCAACACAACAGUUCGUUCUUGGACGACUGUGACUGAUGAUGUCGAUUUCAUUCGUCAUAUACUGGAUUGCUUUUUCAUAUGGCAACAUGCCUGUACUCCAAUUUUUUCGAGGAGGAGGUUCUUGGAAGACUUUAUUAGAGGUAGAUCUGAUUUUUGCAGUUCUAUUCUUGUAAACGCUCUGCUUGCCUUGGGAUGUGCCUUUUCAGAUAGACCUGGCACUCGUACAAACCCGGAAGACCCAACAACUGCAGGCGACCAUUUCUACGCUGAAGUAGAACGCCUUUUAGAAAUUGAAAACGUGCAAAACAAAAUCACAACGAUACAGGCACUUGGAAUCCUAAGCAUGAGAGAAAGUGGGUACCUUAGGGACGUCAAGGGAUGGUUUUACGGAAGUCUUGCUCUUCGUGCAGCCUCUGAAACACUACAUAAGAGCUCGCAAGACUAUACCGAGCCAGACCUUGAGGUUUGGAGGGUGACAUACUGGGGGCUAUUUAAUCUUGACUUAUCAUGGUCGAUUGCAAUAGCAAGGUUACCCCAACUCACUGGGAGGGCCUGGGAGCUACCAACUAUCGACUAUGAAUUAGAUAGGGAGGAGUACCUAGAGCCAGCGGAGCUUUUAUGGUACUCCACAGGAAAGGCCCCUCAUGUUCACGGUGCAUUCUUACAGUAUAUCAAGUUGUCAGGAAUUGCUAAGGAUAUUGUAAAUGCCUUCUAUUCCCCAUCAACCCAAGAAGAAAAGGUCACGCCAAAGAUGCUGGAUAGAUUUCAUAGGCGUCUUCUGGCUUGGGAUGUGGAGCUACCCGAAGAGCUAAAAUUAUCAUCCACAACCUUACCGCAUAUUCUUCAACUUCACUUGAUCUGUCGAGCGACUACCAUCAUGCUUUUCCGCCCGUUCCUACAAGUACCAAUUGCACAUAGAUAUCGGCAUGAAAUUGGGCACAAAUAUUUCAUCCUUCCAUUCUGUCACUAUACCUUCCUCGCGUGCCAGACAUUUCUACAGGAUCAACCAGCAGAGGAAGAGAACCUAAACCAUGGCCUGCGUUUGCUUGCAGGAGCCAAACACUUAUGGCCUGCAGGGGCCCUUGGGCUCUUCGGAUUGCCCAGGAUUGCUGAGACUUGCGGCAUCCAACUCUCCAAAGAAACUCUUUCAAUCCCAAAUUUGACAAAAAUCGAGAUCGGGCGCAUGGCCAGCACCAGUUGGGCUUCAGCCAGGGAGGAGGAGGUCAAAGUAGUCACUGAUGAAUUUCUCGAUUACUGGGAAAAAGCUUUUGCAGAUGUAUAA